GCUGCCUCUCCGUUUCCUGCGAGCGCGGCGGCAGUUCCGGUGCGUAGGGGCGGUAGGACCCGGCUGUAGCCGAGGCCGCCGCGGUGCGGGCGGGCGGAGCGGCCGCUGAUGUCGGGCAUGAUCUAUCGCCGGAGUCACCAUGAGAGCUGCCUGCGGGAGUCCGCCGCACCGAGAGCGGCGGCCCGCUUCCACACUCGCACCGACCCCGCUUUAGGCGACAUCAUCAACGGCUGCUGCUCCAUGGGAGAGGCGGCGGCUAAGCCGCGGGACGCCGGGCUCCAGCUCACUCCCGCCGGCUCGCCGGGGCUGUCGCGGCCUCGGACCGGCGGCUCUGCCUCCUCAACCUCCUCCGCCUCCUCGUCGUCGACCUCGUCGCUCACCUCCUCCCCUUCCCCGAGGGAAGCAAACACUAACACUCCGGUCACCUCUACCUCCACGCCCGGGCCUGACGAACCGGGGAAGCGGCCUGGCGCCGCUCCUUGUCCGGAGCUCAGGACCGAUGACACUAGCGGCGAGGAGACCGCCAGCCCGGGUCGACAGACGCCCGACAGCCCCGGGCCCGCUGGCCACAAGACGCUGGAGUUUAUGGACGUCAGCCUGAACUCCAGGAACUCGGUGGAAGUGAGUCGAAGGCAGAGCGCGCCCGAGCAGCUGGCGGACGGGAUCGACCUGCCGCCGCCGCCAACACUACCCAACGGCGAGGGAGCCAAGCCCAAGAAACUCGGCAUCGCCGACUACAUCAGCAGAAACUUUUUUAAUAAGAAGAUAAAGGAACCCAUUCCUUCCACGUUUAGUGCUCCUGGCUGGAAGUUAUUUGGGAAGAUCCCUCCAAGGGAGAAUUCACAGAAAGAUUCCAAAACAAUACAGCAGGACAGCAAUGGUUGCAGUCUUGCGUCAGUGUCUGCACCUAACCUGUUCAAUACAGGGGAAUAUGAAGCCAGAACUGGCCGAAUGUCUAAAACCCCACUCCAGUCUGGACGGCGACGUAAUCUUGAAUUUGAGCCACUAUCUACUACUGCAUUGAUCCUUGAAGAUCGGCCAGCACACCUGCCUGCAAAAUCAGCAGAAGAAGCUCAAAGACACAGACAAGAAUACAAUGAAAUGGUGGCAGAAGCAAAGAAACGAGAGGUAAAAGAAGCACAGCGAAGAAAAAAAAUUAUGAAGGAGCGAUUCAGGCAGGAAGAAAGUAUUGCUCAUGCUAUGAUAAUUUGGAACACAGAUAUUCUUCCCAACUGGGAAACUAUUCGAAAUACACGGAAGGUACGUGAACUGUGGUGGCAGGGUAUCCCCCCAAGUGUUCGAGGAAAAGUAUGGAGGUUGGCGGUUGGUAAUGAACUGAAUAUCACUCACGAGCUUUAUGAAAUUUUCCUGUCUAGAGCCAAGGAGCGAUGGAAAAACUUCAGUGAGGUUGGAUCUGAGAAUGAAACUGAAGACCCUGGAGCAUCAGGAGCUGACAGAGAAGCGAGUCUUGAAUUGAUAAAGCUGGAUAUUUCCCGUACAUUCCCUUCUCUCUUCAUUUUCCAAAAGGGUGGACCAUAUCAUGAUCUUCUCCACAGUGUUCUUGGGGCAUAUACCUGCUACAGGCCUGAUGUUGGAUAUGUCCAAGGAAUGUCUUUUGUUGCUGCUGUUCUUAUCCUUAAUUUAGAAGAAGCUGAUGCUUUCAUAGCCUUUGCCAACCUGUUGAACAAACCCUGUCAGCUGGCAUUUUUCCGUGUGGAUCAUGAUAUGAUGCUGAAAUAUUUUGCAUCAUUUGAAGUGUUCUUUGAGGAAAAUCUUCCAAAACUUUUUACGCACUUCAUGAAAAAUAAUUUGACUCCUGAUAUCUACCUUAUAGACUGGAUAUUUACACUCUACAGUAAAUCGCUACCCCUGGACCUGGCUUGUCGAGUCUGGGAUGUCUUUUGCCGUGAUGGGGAAGAGUUCCUUUUUCGGACAGCUCUGGGCAUUCUCAAGUUGUAUGAGGAUAUUUUAGUGCAAAUGGAUUUUAUUCACAUAGCUCAAUUCCUUACCAAACUGCCUGAAGACAUCACAUCAGAAAAACUGUUUGCUUGCAUUACUACUGUUCAGAUGCACAGCAGCAACAAAAAAUGGACACAGGUGUUUGCCUCACUAAUGAAGGAAAACAAAGAAAUUGAGAAGAAUCACAGUCCUGCCCUGAAAAGUUAAUAUUCCUUUGGGGACUUUUGAUGUUUGCAGGGGUCUGUUAGAAUUAAUGGUGUAGCAAUACUACAUGGAAAUUUCUUCAGUGCAUCUAUUUAAAACUGUUGUCAGUUGGAGUUAAAGAACUGAAUAUUUUUGGACUAUUGAUGACCCAAAGAUCUGUGUAUGUUGCACGCAUUGAUGGGAAGUGAGUAAUGGUGCAGUUGAGCUUUUGUGGCUUGUGCCCAGCAAAAAUGAAGAAUUGUUUACACUAAUGUCAGUAUUAAAAGAAAAGUGGAGUCCUGUGCAAAAUAGUUUAUUCUGCAUUUAUUAGCUGAUUGAAAACUGAGAUGUAAAAUUUCUGAGCACUUAUUGACCAACCAUCUUGCUAUACCAUGUUUCUGGUGCACAGCAUACCUCCAAAGCCAGCUGAUUCCCAGAAACUACCUAAAGUGGACCAAAUGGAUUUUGAAUUGCUAUCCUCCAUCAUGUGUAACUUUUUACUGAUGAUCCUAUUUGGGGAAAUAGCUGGUUUUUACUUUUUAAUACGGUCAUUUUGCUUUAAGAUUCUGAGAUAAAAAGCCAAGGAGGAUAGAGCAUUAAAACCAGUACUGUUCUGCUUUACAGAACCACCACAUUUGUUAACCUGUAAGUGCUUGGUUUCAAAAUAUUGCACAACAUUCUCUCUCUUUUAAUAUUUCCAUGUAUUUCCUGUUUUCUGGAAACGAUUUUUUAUUCAAAUACUGAACUGUGGCAUUUUUUUGAUUACUGAACUGUACUACAGAUAUUUUUUAAAAACUGUCAUUUCAGUACUAUGUUUUUCGGGUGCUUUCAACAAUGGAAAUAUGGGUGUUGUAUAAUCUCCAGGCCUACAGGUGAAUUGCAAACAGAAUGGUAGAACUGUGAAAUGUCCAGGUUUAGAAAAUUCCAAAUAUUAUACUACUACAGUUAAAAGUUGGUGUGUCUCAGCUGAUGAUUUUUUGUGAUUGUUCUCAGACAGGUGCUAUGGGCUUGACGUUAGCAACUGUGUUUGUUUUAUAAUGUGCAAUACAGAAAACUCCCAAAAUGGCUGUGCUUUGCACAAAGUUUUGGAAUGUAAACCAUGAUAACAUUGUAACAUUUAUUUCAAAUCAGGUGAUGAAAAUUGAGAACUACAAGCUGUUGCAGUGUGUACUAUAUUACAUUGCUCAGGAUUGUUGUCUGCUCACCAUGGAAAGAGGAGGCAAAGUUAUUUGUUAGUAAUCACGAGAAAGCAGAGGGCUAACGAUCAGGCUUUUUUCUAACCUGAUGCAAUUUCUGCAGUGAAAGGUGACAGAUGUUUGUGUAAAUUUGAGACUUGUCUAGUGUGCAAAUUACAAAGUAUACGUUCUUAUAUUUUCCUGUUUUUUUUUAUUUGAAAGGAUUUGUACUUUAUUUUCCUGUAUUUUUAGCAAAAUCAGCUCCUGUAUUGCAAGUCAUUGUUGAAGUAUAAAACUGAAUUCUGUAGGGAUUUUUACCUUUUUGAGUUUGUUUUGAAAUCUUUAUUAAAGGAAUUGGCAUGUUCUCUAAGCAUUAAUGUACUACAGAUGGAGUGCAAAAUACUUUGAAAUAUACAAUUUAUUUAUGUAUCCUUUCAUUUAGUUAAAUGAAUUUCUUUAUCUUGCUUUCUAUUGUACAGAUUUCAUAUUGAAUUCAAAUGUAAUGUAUAUGCAAAUUGUAAAUAGAAGGGAAACAGUCCACAGAUAAUACCACUAGACAUCAAUUUCAUAUGUAAAUAAAGUA